AUGUUUAGUGACUUAUAUAGAUCAAAUGUAGCCGUUAAGAAGAGAAAAUAUGCCAAUGUUGAUCCUAGUCAACCUCGCAUGGAUCAAUUCUUAACCUCACAUGAGUCGACACAAGUGAAGGAUGAUCCCAUGGAGAUUGACUCACUCUCUUCCACCCCUACAAAAGUGACAGACAAGAAUACUGUGUUGGGCACAGUACGUCAACAAUCCCUCACACCUUCUAUUGUAAUCACCAAUCCCAGACCAGACAGACUUCAAACAAUACCAGACAACUUUUUCAAAAACAGUUGGACCAGUAUGAAGAGCCUGAUUGCCGAUAUAUUUUCUAAAACGGAUUUUAAAGGCUUGAAUUAUCACACGGUAUCAAAAUUGUCUGAAAACCUGUGCCGACAUGGUAAAUCUAAAGUCCUGUUUGAAGCAUUAAAAGAGGAAAUACAAGCACAUGUUGUUGAUUUAAAAAAGAAUCUGCUGUCGGUCCCCGUCAAUCAAGAGAUACUCGUUCGAUUCAAUCUUUGCUGGACAAAUUUCUGCAGUCAAUUGACAGUCAUUCGAAAUGUCUUUAUGGAGUUGGAUAGAACUUAUAUCUUACCAAACACAAAAUUCAAUUCAAUCAUUCAAUUAGGAAAGCAUAUAUUCAGUGAUGUCAUAUUGGAUACCGCCAGUUUUCGCAGUAUCAUUGUAUCAGAAGUGUUGUUACUUAUCAAACAGGAUAGAGAUAAUUUACCCGUGGAUAUCAAACUUAUACACUCUGUUUUACAAAUGCUGAUUGAAUUAUCAUUUUACCCAACCGACUUUGAAGCCAAAUUCUUAACGAGCACCAACACCUAUUACGCAGAGGAAUCGAACCGUUUGAUAAAUGACUUGGCUUUACCGGAUUAUAUCAAACAUGCGCAUCACCGUCGAACCCAAGAAUCCGUGGACCGUAUUAGAAAUUAUCUAGAUAUGCAUACCAAGCAAGCAUUAGUCAACGUGGUAUCACAUCAGUUAGUCUAUAGCAAAGUAGAUACCAUGAUCCGAAAGGGCUUUGACGUAUUACUCUCGGAAAACAUGCUGGAUUCACUCAAAUUAUUUUACGAUUUGCUUUUACCGAGCCCCAAAUUGAGUUUAUUACGUCAGGCAUUUGCUGAAUACAUCAAGACCGAAGGCGUCGAUUUGAUCAAACAUCCAUCAUCCGAUCCAACCAUGAUUAUCGAGAUUUUAAAGUUUAAAAAAGAUUUGGAUACUAUUGUACAGGUGUGCUUUGAAAAUGAUGUGACCUUCCAGAAUGCUCUGAAGGAAAGCUUUGAAUACUUUAUCAACUCGAGAGCGAAUAAACCUGCAGAAUUACUUGCUAAAUUUAUCGAUUCCAAAUUAAAAAAUCCACUCAAGAAACAGCAAAGAAACAUCAGCGGUGGCCCCGAAUUAGAUAUAGCUAUAUUAGACAGCGCACUUGUGUUAUUCAGAUACAUUCAGGGCAAGGAUGCGUUUGAAGCACACUACAAGCGAUUCCUCGCAAAACGACUCUUGAUGGAUAGAAGUGCAUCUAGCGAACUCGAAUUACGCAUCAUUGAAAGACUGAAAGCCGAAUGUGGACAAGAAUUUACAAAGAAUUUGGAAAGCAUGUUUGGGGAUAUGAAGCUCUCUUAUGAGUUGAAUAACGAAUUCAAAGUAUUUAAACCGGAGAUACCUCGUAUGCCCUUGGUGGUCAAGGUUGUUUCUCAAGCGAUCUGGCCUGUAUCACCUGCCUCUGAUAUUGUAUUACCACCUCAGAUGCUGAACAGCCAGGGAUUAUACACUAAAUUCUAUACCUCCAAAUUCAACGGCAAAAAGUUGAUUUGGCAAAAUUCAUUAUCAUCGUGUGUGAUUACCGCACAUUAUCCACAGGGUAGCAAGGAGAUCAAUAUGAGUUUAUCACAGGCGGCAGUGCUUUUACUUUUCAACACCAAGAAAUCCAUGACCUUUAGCGAGAUUUCCAAGGCUACAAAUCUGGAUAUCAAGGAACUCUCACGAUUACUGGCGUCCUUAUCUACGGGCGUUUAUAAUUUGUUAGUGGAUGAUACGGUGAAUGGCAUCAAAGGAUUUAAAUUCAAUGAGAUGUUUCAACAUAGCGCCACCAAAUUACGUAUCCCUCCCGCAGUUUUGGAUCCGGCUGUGGAGGAACAAAAGGUGGAAGAGAAGGUAUUCAAGAACAGACAACAUCAAGUGGAUGCGGCUAUUGUUCGAAUCAUGAAAGAGCACAAGACAAUGUCACAUACAGCGUUGAUGACUGACGUUUUAGCACAAUUGAUGUAUCCUGUAGAUGCUGCGGAUGUUAAGAAGCGUAUCGACUCACUUAUCGAAAAGGAUUAUCUAACUCACUGCGAUGAAUAUGGUGUAUGGCCACUGAUUGCAGAUGAUUUAUCUGCGCGACUUCCGCUUCGAAACUUAAAAUGGCAACCUUCGAGUCAACGAGCCGAGUGCAUCAUUCCGAUUCUUGAAGUGGAUUUAAAGCGCUUUACAGCAGAACAUACACCUCAAUUAUUAUCCACCACACAAACUGUGUACCUGAACCUAUACUUUGUCGCUUGCGAUGACAAUGAGGUUUACAAGACACAGGUACGAAAGAACAUUCGAAAUUGGGUGGAAACCAUUCAGUCCAAAAAGAACCAGGAAUGGUUAAUUGUGUAUGUGGCUGAUACCGAAGCCAAACGUACGAACAACUAUUUAGGUCUCAAGUCUUCUGUCUUUGAUAAAAUCAAGACGGAUUUUAACCCGCCCAAGCAAGACAGAUGUGCUUACAUUCGAAAGAAGGAUCCCGAAGGACCUCAGUCGGAAUUAUGGACACAGUUUAUGGAAAAGAUGAAGGAAUGCAUCUUGUCUAGUUUCGAUAUGCAAGUACUUCAAAUUCAAGAGGAUACACGACGUCUCGACAUGCAACGACAUAUGCCCGGUUGGAACUACUGUACCUUUUUUAUACUGAAGGAAGGAUUGGCUCAAGCCUUUGAGAUCAUGACACUGUAUGAAGAUGCCCUGAUACAAUACGAUGAACUUGAAGCUUCUUUUUUCCAAGUUUUGCGAGACAAAGCGCUUGCUUGGUUCGGUCAUUUUGGUGGUACAGAUCAGGGUGAUGAUAGCGGAAACAUUCUUGAUUUCAAGCGCAAAAACUAUCGCGAACUCAUCAACAAGAACAUUAUCUCGGUGUUUGAUUUCAGAAGUUACCUAUUUGCCAGACAAUGUCGCAUGUUACUCAAGUUGCAACGAGUGAUUGAGGUUACUGCCCGUGCCCAACUCUUCAUUACCAGUUUCAUUCCAUCCAUUCGAGAAAACGAGGAACAUUUACCAGAAAGUUUUGUAGAGUCCUGGGUAUUCUCCGCUUGCAUGAACGUCGUCAAUGAAUGUGAACCGUUGUUUGCUCAAUUGGUGGCAAACAAUACCGAUUUGAUCGUGCCUUACAAUGCAGUGAAGGCAGAUCUCUUAUUGACAGCACGCAGACAAUUAGAUAAAAUUGGUAUCAAGUGUAAACAUUUACCCUUGACAGAUCCGUUCUCCAUCUACAUUGAUCAUGUUAAAAGCGCUCAACCAUUGAACCCCGAUGAACCCAAGAAACAUAUCACCAAUGUAAAGUUAUUAGAAGCAAUUGAAUCUGUCGAAGCCUUUGAUAAAACAUACAUGGGUUUGAGUACACGAGCCAUUAAAAGUUACGAUGCCAGUUAUAGAUCCCGAGCCGCAUUAAAUGUACAUGGUGAUAUAGCCGCCUUGAAAUACAUUCGAGAGAAGUAUGAAGAGGCAGUUCGUAUUUAUGAAUCAAUGAUUUGGCGAUAUGGGGAACAUGAAUGGAGCUCAAUCGAGAAUAGCUUGUUGAUCAAGUGUGCCGAUUCUCAGCGUCGAUUAGGGAAAGCAGAUCAAUAUGUGGAAUCGCUACUUGCUUUAUUAAAGAACUCCAAGUUUUUACAAGCGGAGGAAGCACGACAUUACACGGACGAACUGAUUGCCAAUGUGGCGAAAUUGGAUAAGGAAGUAAAACGACCCUUUUCACCCAUUUUCUCGAUCGCUGUGACCUCAAUUAUUGAUGAUGGCGCCGUGGUGGAUAGUACCAGUGUGGAAGUUGUCAUUGAAAAUCAUUUGCCAAAGACCAUUCGUUAUGACACGAUUUCUCUUCGUUUGGUAGGAAGUGAUCCUGAACAAAUUUGCUUCACCAUUCAUCAUCAGGAUUUAAAACCCGGUAAAAAUAAUUUCUUACUGACCAGUGAGACUUCGACAUCAGGGAAUUAUGUGGUAGAAACAUGUGAAAUGAAGUUGGGUAAAUUAAUCUUUAGUCAUAAUUUCUUGCGUCCCGGACAGAAGAAGAGAGUUGUUCGAUUAAAUCAUGAUAUGAAUCAGUUGUAUGCCACCAUCUCUCAACCUCACGAAAUUUGUUUGGGUGAGCGUCAAAAGUUAUCAGUCAAGAUAGAUAGUCGAUCGGUAGCUUCCAAAGGAGGUAUUCUCUUGUUAGAAUCCCAAACAGAAGGUAUGACCAUCUCUCAGAUGCCCAAAGUCUCUGCUCUUUUAAAGCACGGAGAAGACGAAGAGAAAGAAAUCGAAUUGGACAUGUUGGAAACAGGCGAAGUUAUCCUUGUUGACCUUGACAAAAAUGAUCAUUUGGAGCUCUUUGUCAUGUAUGAAGGUCCUUAUACCGAAUUUGAUUACAGAAUAAAGGCAACAAUCACAUACAUGGUAGAUGAAAAGAAGCACAAGUUUGUUUGUUCCGAUUCUGUUAAAGUGACGGUGCCUUUACAUGUUACAGAAUCCACCAUCUUUAGAGAGACCUGCGUGUUUUUAAAGGUGGAACUAUCAUGUAAUGGUGAUUUACCUGUUCGUAUCCUUGGUUCUUAUGCAAAACCAUCCACUUACUACCUGGUUGAAAGUCAGUCUGAAAUGAAGCAAUGUGAUUUGACAUUAUUCCCAGGGCAGACGGUAUCAUUCAUUUAUAAACUCGUGAAAAGGGAAGGAGAUGCAGAUUUAAACGUCAAUUCCAAGAUUCACUUUAACGUGAAAUUCAGGUCAUUGAAAGAAGAGGUGGAAAGUAGCUUACAAUUGAUGAUGAAGGAAAAAUUGAAGGAGGUGAAUUUGGCACAGCAUCUACCUUAUGUGUUUGAAAAGGUACGCGAAGCAUUUUUAUCUUCGGUAGAUUAUUCCAGUUAUGGGCUUACCGAUGUGGUCCAUCUGGAUGAUUUCGAUGCCGAGUUAUGUGAGUCCUUUUUAUUGCAUCGUGAUCUCAAGACCAAAGUUCAAUUAUUGGAUUUGAUAGAAGAGUUUUUCGAGCAACAUGAGGCGAUUACAGUUCAAUUGAUCAAACAGCAGUGUCCGAAUCCUCGAGAACAUGGGAUUGCAUUCCCAUUGGAAGUACCCACCUCUAAAAUUCUUCAUACAGCUGAGCUCAUGCUUUCGGUGGAAAAAGAUUUACUGGUAUCAGAAGCAUGUCCAUGCACGCUGCGUAUUAAGCAACUGACGUAUUGGAGUGAUGCCAAGGAGGCAACACAACAAGAUAAUGAAUUCUUUUAUGAUAUCGAUGUGGAUUAUGAUAACUGGUUACUCUCUGGUAAACGACGACUUCGAUUCCGAUCGAAACCAGGGGAGAUGAUGGAGUUUGAUAUUCGUCUUGUGCCAUUAAAGACGGGUAACUUAUUAUUACCAUCUGUGCGUAUCUCUGCUGUCUCACCCGAGAUCUUUGCAUCCACUGUCUAUGUCAAUAGCGCCCAACAAAUUUUGGUGAAACCCAAAUCGAAAACAGCCACUUUUUUUGUGGAACAACAACGGUUUAUGCAACAACCCACGUAUGUGACCAAUACUUUACCCAUCGCUGUUGAAAAUGCUAGAAAUAGCAUCAAGAGUCCCAUUGAACUUUCUAUUUAAAAAAAAAAUG